GUACAUGAAGGCCAGCUGGCUAUCAGACAAUGACAUGCUUUGAAAGUCCCCUGACCUCUGUGAGGUCAGUUGAGAACAGCUGAGAGUGCUACCAUUUUGUCACAGCCCUAAGGAUGCAGAUUAUGCUGAAAGCGUGUUGUCCAAAUCUGAAUGAUGAAAGCCAAUUACAAACUUGAAAAUGAAAAUAGACCCCAGACGCAAGGAGAUGAGACAGUUAGAUUUACUUCCUCUUUUCUAAUCAAAGAGGUUUCAUGUUGAAGAAAAUCAUUGUUGGGAUUGCAGGAGACCUAAACACAGUCACCAUGAAGCUGGGCUGUGUUCUCAUGGCCUGGGCCCUCUACCUUUCCCUUGGUGUGCUCUGGACAUCCCAGAUGCUACUAGCUGGAUGUCAUGCUGCUGCCAGUUUUGAGACGCUGCAGUGUGAGGGACCUGUCUGCACCGAGGAGAGCAGCUGCCACGUGGAGGAUGAUUUGACGGAUGCAAGGGAAGCUGGCUUCCAGGUCAAGGGCUACACUUUCAGUGAACCCUUCCACCUGAUUGUGUCCUACGACUGGCUGAUCCUCCAAGGUCCAGCCAAGCCAGUAUUUGAAGGGGACCCGCUAGUUCUGCGCUGCCAGGCCUGGCAAGACUGGCCACUGACUCAGGUGACCUUCUACCGAGAUGGCUCAGCUCUGGGUCCCCCCGGGCCUAACAGGGAAUUCUCCAUCGCCGUGGUACAAGAGGCAGACAGCGGGCACUACCACUGCAGUGGCAUCUUCCAGAGCCCUGGUCCUGGGAGCCCAGAAACAGCAUCUGUUGUGGAUAUCACAGUCCAAGAACUGUUUCCAGCGCCAAUUCUCAGAGCUAUACCCUCAGCUGAACCCCAAGCAGGAGGCCCCAUGACCCUGAGCUGUCAGACAAAGUUGCCCCUGCAGAGGUCAGCUGCCCGCCUCCUCUUCUCCUUCUACAAGGAUGGAAGGACAGUGCAAAGCAGGGGGCUCUCCUCAGAAUUCCAGAUCCCCACAGCUUCAGAAGAUCACUCCGGCUCAUACUGGUGUGAGGCAGCCACUGAGGACAACCAAGUUUGGAAACAGAGCCCCCAGCUAGAGAUCAGAGUGCAGGGUCCCUCCGGCUCUGCACCUCCCACCUUGAAUCCAGCUCCUCAGAAAUCAGCUGCUCCAGGAACUGCUCCUGAGGAGGCUCCUGGGCCGUUGCCUCCACCGCCAACCCCAUCUUCUGAGGAUCCAGGCUUUUCUUCUCCUCUGGGGAUGCCAGAUCCCCAUCUGUAUCACCAGAUGGGCCUUCUUCUCAAACACAUGCAGGAUGUGAGAGUUCUCCUCGGUCACCUGCUUAUGGAGUUGAGGGAAUUAUCUGGCCACCGGAAGCCUGGGACCACAAAGGCUACUGCUGAAUAGGAGUAAACAAUUCGUCCACGAUCUCGCUUAACCACCCCAAUAAAUCUGAUUCUUUCUAUGUUUUCUCUUCCUGUCCUGCACAUAUGCAUAAGUACUUUUACAGGUUGUCCCAGUGUUUUGUUAGAAUAAUGUAGAUAGGUGAGUGUAAAUAAAUUUGUACAAAGUGAGAAUUGGAGUUUAGUUAUAAUUGCGUAUUCUCUCUUAACACAACAGAAUUCUGCUCUUUAGAUCAGGAAUUUCUAUCUGUUAUGUAGACCAGAAUUUUGUGAUUUAAAGAGAACUAAUGCAGGUGGAUUUAAUACAGCAGUCUCAAUUGGGGGCAAUUUUGCUCCCCAGACGACAUCGGGCAAUAUUUGGAGACAUUUUGGUCAUUAUACUUGGGGGGUUGAGGGGUGGUGGGAUGUGUGUACUACUGGCAUCUAGUAAAUAGAAGCCAGGGAUGCUGCUAAACAUCCUAUAAUGCAUAGGGCAGUACCCCACAGCAAAAAAUAAUCUGGCCGAAAACGUCAGUUGUAUUGAGUUUGAGAAACCCCAGCCUAAUGAAAUCCUAAGUGUUGGGCUCUGGAAUGGGACUUUGCCUUUCUAAUUACUAUCUCUUUCCAGCCUCAUUCAGCUAUUCUUAUUGACAUACUAGUCUUUAGUUGGUGCGAUGGUCUGUUCUUUAGUUCUAGUUUGUGUCCCCUCAAAAGCCAUAUGUUGAAAUCCUAAUCCCCAAGGUGAUGGCACUAAGAAGUGGGCCUUUGGGAAGUGAUUAGAUCAGGAGGGCAGGGCCCUCAUGAUUAGGAUUAGUGCCCUUAUUUAAAAAGGCCCCAGAGAGCUAACUCACCCUUCUACCAUAUGAGGACAUGGCAAGAAGAUGACGUAUACAAGAACCAAAAAACAGCUCCCACCGAACACCGACUCUGUUGCUGCCUUGAUCUUGAACUUCCAGCCUCCAGAACCAUGAGAAGUAAAUUUCUGUUGUUUGUAAGCUA